AUGGCGGAUUUCCCGCCGCUGGCUCCAGUACCCUCCCCCGCAGUGCGGAGGACAAUCCCAUCAAAUGAUUGGGAAGCUUGUCUAGAUGCAUGGAUGGCCCUGUUGGGGAUCCGCCUGAAUGCAUCAGAUCAGCAGUUUAAGGUUGCAGCAACUGAAGAUGUAUCAAUACCCCCAUUCUUGGGUUCAUACUAUCAAUACACGGCUGCGGGGGACUCCAGUCUACAAAGUGGACCUAAAGCUCGACAACUUCGGAAGUUUUGCUUUCUGGCGACAAGAAGAUAUAUGCUCGGUCUUUCCAAUCCACCAGAGGGAAUUCUGGACUGGAGACUUCUCGGCAAUCUAUGUUGCUGCUAUCCUUCUAGCGCGGCCUUGAAAACGUCAUUAUCAAGUGCCUGGGAUCUACACCGCGACAAGAUCACUUCCAGUAUCGAGAGAGCAAAAGCUGUUGUGAUCAAGAACAUAUCCUCGGCAAACUCAUCCUCAAACCCCGAAGUCAUUUCUGAUAUCCGCCGUCUGACCAUCCUUACUUCCGUGCUGCCAGCAUGUGGCCAGGAGCUCAUGGCAGGCUCCGACUUCCUGGAUACGAUAUCAGAAGCCUACCAGUCAAAAGGUGCCCGGGACGAGUUCCGUAAGAUUCUCGUUGCUAACAUCUACGUCGGGCUCGUCUCUCUACUGAAGGAGCCCGUCAAUUUGUCCUCGUUGUUGGACCAGCUCUUCAGCCUCAAAGCCACUGCCAGAGUUGGAGCACCAAAAAUGAAGAAGGAGGCGACUCUACUCUCUGAUCUUAUCUGCAGCUCCGAUCUGCUUAUUCGACUGGAGAAGUAUCUGAGCAUUCACCCCCAGAAACGGGGGCAAGACCUCCUUGCCAGCUUACGGACGUAUCAAACGGAAUCGAAAUCGCUACACCAUCGGUAUCAAAAACGCAAGAAGGUGGAUAAAGGAAAAGGGGUGUCCUCAGAUCCAAUUGCUUCCGGAGAAAUCCACGCACACAAGAUGUCACUAGUUACUCAAGUACAAGACCUCUUCCCCGAUCUUGGCUCAGCCUUUGUUGUACGGUUACUGGACUUCUACAACGACAACUCCGAGACUAUCAUCGCCCAUCUUCUCGACGACUCACUUCCUCUAGAGCUCCAGUCUCUAGAUCGAUCUGAGCAACUGCCUCCCCCGGCAGAAUCUCGCCACAGUCAUCUCCCACCCCAGUCAACACCGCCCGCCAUGCAAUCACCUCACUUUGCACCACUCCCAACCCGCAAGAAUAUCUUCGACAAUGACGUGGAUAUCGCCGAACUAAGCCGCUCCGGCGAGACGAAAGGCAAACUACACUUCGGCCGCGUCGACGCAGACCAAACAGCCGACACACUCCUCUCAGACCACAGCAAGCACGCCGCAAACAAAGCAGCAAUCCUCUCCGCUCUAGCAGCGUUCGACUCCGACGACGACGAGCGCGACGAUACCUACGACACAGCGGAUGUAGGCGGCGCCAUCGACGGAGCCACAGGUGGUGCCGACGGCGAAGCCGACGCAGCUCAACGCGAACGCCGGACGGCCGAUAUCGAAACAACACUCUUCCGAACAUACAAGUCCAACCCAGGACUCUUCGCCCGCGACUCGGCGACCCGCCGCUCACAACCGCGUGCGUCAUUGAAGCGCGAGACAGAAAUGACCGACGAGGCUAUCGAGGGAUGGGCUCUCAUGCUAACGCGUGAUCCCAAGCGUCUCGCUAAACUUGAAAACCGGCUGGCUAUGGACGCUGGCGGGUUGCCUGGUGCUGGGUCACUUAAUCAGCCUGAGUUGCGUCCUACGUCUUACAGGAAGCCACAGCCUCGUGAGGAUGGGGAGGGUUCUGAUGAGGGCGAGUCUUCUGGUCAUGCUGGUUCGCGGGGUGGAAGAGGCCGUGGACGUGGUGGUCGAGGGCCGGGUGGUGGGGGUCGUGGACGUGGUGGGCGUGGUGGUGGUCCCCCGUCUGGUGGCCAGGGGCAACCGGAUAGUGCGGCAUCGAGACAGAGGAAGGAAGAGAACAAGGGUAGUCAGGCAAAUCACAACCGCCGACAGCAGCGUGCAAAGAAGAUGGCGCGUGGCGGCGGGUUGCCUGGCUAA